AUGCUCGUCACGGCAAUUCUCAAUUUUCCUCUACUUUCGGACUUUGCUGAUCUUCGUGCUCGUUUAUUAGCUUUCGAUGCACAGGCUCCUCAAAUAUCUCCUGAUCAAAACACAGCGCUAAUGGCCACCCAAUCUUCUCCUCACACCACCGGUCAUACUUCCUUCAAUUCUUACCGUGGUGGUGGCUUCUCCAGCAACAGGCAUGGUGGCCAUGGUGGCUGGCGUGGUCGCAGCCGUGGUGGCUAG